UUUGAUGGUCAGGACCCCACUACUCGUCGUAUUUGGUUUGGUAUUGCUACCGCACAUGAUUUCGAAAGUCAUGAUGAUAUUACUGAAGAACGUCUUUAUCAGAACAUUUUUGCUUCUCACUUUGGGCAAUUAGCAAUAAUCUUUCUAUGGACGUCCGGAAAUCUGUUUCAUGUAGCUUGGCAAGGAAAUUUUGAAUCAUGGAUACAGGAUCCUUUACACGUAAGACCUAUUGCUCAUGCGAUUUGGGAUCCUCAUUUUGGUCAAUCCGCUGUGGAAGCCUUUACUCGAGGAGGUGCUACUGGUCCAGUGAAUAUUGCUUAUUCUGGAGUUUAUCAGUGGUGGUAUACAAUAGGAUUACGCACCAAUGAGGAUCUUUAUACUGGAGCUCUUUUUCUAUUAUUUCUUUCUACGCUGUCCUUAAUAGCGGGUUGGUUACAUCUACAACCCAAAUGGAAACCAAGCCUUUCGUGGUUCAAAAACGCGGAAUCUCGUCUCAAUCAUCAUUUGUCAGGACUUUUCGGGGUAAGUUCUUUGGCUUGGACAGGACAUUUAGUUCAUGUUGCUAUUCCCGCAUCCAGGGGGGAGUACGUUCGAUGGAAUAAUUUCUUAGAUGUAUUACCCUAUCCCCAGGGGUUGGGACCCCUUUUGACGGGUCAAUGGAAUCUUUAUGCCCAAAACCCUGAUUCGAGUAAUCAUUUAUUUGGUACCGCUCAAGGAGCGGGAACUGCCAUUCUAACUCUUCUUGGGGGAUUCCAUCCACAAACGCAAAGUUUGUGGCUGACCGAUAUGGCUCACCAUCAUUUAGCUAUUGCAUUUAUUUUUCUCAUUGCCGGUCACAUGUAUCGAACUAACUUCGGAAUUGGGCACAGUAUUAAAGAUCUUUUAGAAGCGCAUACUCCUCCGGGGGGUCGAUUAGGGCGUGGGCAUAAGGGCCUUUAUGACACAAUCAACAAUUCGAUUCAUUUUCAGUUAGGUCUUGCUCUAGCUUCUUUAGGGGUUAUUACUUCCUUAGUAGCUCAACAUAUGUACUCUUUACCUCCUUAUGCAUUCAUAGCACAAGACUUUACUAGUCAAGCUGCUUUAUAUACUCAUCACCAAUAUAUUGCAGGGUUCAUCAUGACAGGGGCUUUUGCUCAUGGAGCUAUUUUUUUCAUUAGGGAUUACAAUCCGGAACAGAAUGAGGAUAAUGUAUUGGCAAGAAUGUUAGACCAUAAAGAAGCUAUCAUAUCUCAUUUAAGUUGGGCUAGCCUCUUUCUAGGAUUCCAUACCUUGGGCCUUUAUGUUCAUAACGACGUCAUGCUUGCUUUUGGUACUCCAGAAAAGCAAAUCUUGAUCGAACCUAUAUUUGCCCAAUGGAUACAAUCUGCUCAUGGCAAGACGACAUAUGGGUUCGAUAUACUCUUAUCUUCAAUGAAUGGCCCCGCUUUCAAUGCGGGUCGAAGCCUAUGGUUGCCCGGAUGGUUGAAUGCUGUUAAUGAGAAUAGUAAUUCGCUUUUCUUAACAAUAGGACCUGGGGAUUUCUUGGUUCAUCAUGCUAUUGCUCUAGGUUUGCAUACAACUACAUUGAUUUUAGUAAAGGGCGCUUUAGAUGCACGCGGUUCCAAAUUAAUGCCAGAUAAAAAGGAUUUUGGAUAUAGUUUUCCUUGUGACGGCCCAGGGCGCGGCGGUACUUGUGAUAUUUCUGCUUGGGACGCAUUUUAUUUGGCAGUUUUCUGGAUGUUAAAUACCAUUGGGUGGGUUACUUUUUAUUGGCAUUGGAAACAUAUCAGUCAGAUGUAUAAAAAAAAACCAUCCUAG